CGCGCCGGAAGCCCUCUCCAGCGGCGCUUGCGCGGACGGGGCCUCGGUGCGGCUUGAGUGGAGCUUGGGGCCUGAUCGGAUCCGUGACCGGAGCUGUCAGGAGCCAUGCUGUCACCGGAGGCGGAGCGGAUCCUGAAGUACCUGGUGGAGGUGGAGGAACUCGCCGAGGAGGUGCUGGCGGAUAAGCAGCAGAUUGUGGACCUGGACACCAAAAGGAAUCAGAACCGAGAGGGCCUGAGGGCCCUACAAAAGGAUCUCAGCCUCUCUGAUGUGAUAGUUUGCUUUGGGAACAUGUUUAUCAAGAUGUCUCACCCUCAGACGAAGGAAAUGAUUGAGAAAGAUCAGGACCGCCUGGAUAAAGAAAUAGAAAAACUCCGGAAACAACUUAAAGUGAAGGUCAACCGCCUCUUUGAGGCCCAAGGCAAACCGGAGCUGAAGGGUUUUAAUCUGAAUCCUCUCAACCGGGAUGAGCUUAAAGCUCUCAAGGUCAUCUUGAAAGGAUAAGACUCAAGUACCAAGAUGGGGGACCUAUGGACCAGCAUCCAACCCUCCAACCUUGAAACCUGCAAGGACAGGAUCAGCCCUGUAAGGGCACGGGUGUCAGAAAUAUGGCUAUGGCUCCUCUAUGAAGCCUCUGUCUGCAGCACUUGGCUGCUGUGGGAUCCCUCAGCUUGUCCCUCUCUACUGUCUGACCACUGAGGCUUGGUGGACACAAGACCUAUUGACAGGCCCUUCUGCUACCAGUAGGUGUGUGGGGGUGUUGAAUGACCGCAGCAGGCACUUCUCAACAAUGGCCUGCUGUCCAGAUGGGCCCUGGGUAGGGAGAAGGGAGAGGUGGAGCGCAAGCUCCUGCCAGCAUUCCUCUAGAAGGGGGGAGGCCUUUUCAGGCAGCAUGUGUAACAAUGGAAGGAAAGCAGGAGGCUGGGCUGGCAGGUGGCUUCUGAAUGAAGCUCGGACUCUGUUCAUCACCGCCAUCCAUGAGGCAGACCCAUGUUUCCCCCACCUCCAGUUUUGUCCUUCCUGCUGGCUUUCUGGAGCAGGUGCUGCUUAUCAAGCCCCACAGCUGCUCUCAGUGGGGCCUUGCAGAAUGCAUUAGGGAGAGCUUACCUCCUAGCUCAUGUUCAUAUCUAGUGCCUCUGAAAGCUUUUAAAGGCAGUGGUGCUGCUCAGACUUGGCUUCUUCCUGGCCUGAGAUGUUAGGAUAGCUGUGCUGUGAGGACAGAACUGUCCUUUGUGUUUAUUGAAGGAUCAAUAAAUGUUAGCUGUACAAACAA